AGAACAAUGGAAGAUCAUUGAUGUACAAUAUAAAAAGUAAAGGACCCAAAAUAGAUCCUUGUGGAACACCAAAAAAUAUACUCAGAGGGGCUAACUUAUAAUUAUGUAUACUAACAUACUGUGUGUGACCUAACAAAUAAGAUUAAAUCCAUCCUCACGUAUGUGGAGAAAAGUAAAGGUAAAACUUAAUAAAGAUAUAAGAAUUCUAUGAUUUACCGUAUUAAAGGCAUUAAAUACAAUAGAGACUGGACAACUAUAUGAAAAACAGAGAGAGUUUAAAUGGAGAGAGAGGAUAAUGGGAAUUGUAGUCUGGAGGGAGACAAAUGGAGAAAUCUGUUAGAUCAGGUCUCCACACCAUAGAGAAAAUAAAAAACGAUCCAGCCCCGGACGCCAGAUCACGCAAGAAAAUAUAAGUUUACUUGUUUAACAGGCAUCUGUCAGUUAAAAGGUUGAUUAAUUGUUGCUAGAGGAGAGCAUAAACACGAUGUGAGACGAAGAUUAGAUGAUAAAAUAGAACAGUUUUAUUGAUGGACAGCAUCAGUUGCAUAUGUCUCAAUGUUCAAACCUCAUCUAACCCCAUGAAUACAGCACUGUUAUAUCAAAAUUGCUCAUCCUUUACACCUUGGGUUUCCAUAAACAUUCUUUUUUAUCUAUCUCUGUUUACACACAGACAGAACAGCUGACACAUGCUUUUUCAACAUGUUAUAUAAAAGUGGGAGGAGGGCUCGAUGCUCCAGUAUGUAUGCGUAUGAGAGCGUUGAUCAAUUGAGUGUAACAGUUAGCCAUCAGUCAACAUGCUCGGAUUAAUUCUGGUGUGGACGUGCAUCUUCAUUCUCUUUCUUUUCAUCCCCAUUCCAAGGCCUAAGAACUUUCCUCCUGGACCACGUCCAGUCCCAUUUUUUGGAAAUCUGCUCCAACUCAACAUUGCUAAUCCUUUAAAAGACUUUGAUAGGAUGGCAAAUUGUUAUGGAAAGGUUUACAGUUUGUACAUGGGAUCAAAACCUACAGUAGUGCUUAAUGGUUUUGAGGUUAUGAAGGAAGCUCUUGUUAAUAAGGCGGUUGAGUUUGCUGGACGCUCUCAAGACCUCAUGAUCAACCAUGUCAUGGAUGGAGGAGGUGUUAUUUUGUCUGACUAUGGCCCUGGUUGGAAAGAACACAGACGCUUUUCUCUCAUGACCCUGAGAAACUUUGGUCUGGGGAAGCAAACAAUGGAGGAGAGGAUUCUGGGAGAGAUCUCACAUAUUGUUGAUCAACUGAAUAAAGUUGUUGGAAGCUCCAUUGAUCCUAAGACUAUGUUCCACAAUGCUGCAUCAAAUAUCAUCUGCAUGGUUCUGUUUGGAUCUCGCUUUGAUUAUGAUGAUGAAUUCUUUAAGCGUUUUAUUGAUAUAAUUACGGAGAAUUUAAAGAUCGCCAAUGGACCAUGGGCUAUGAUUUAUGAUGCUUUACCUAUGGUGAGAAGUCUGCCCUUAAAAGCCUUUAAGAAGGCUUUUACAAAUGCCUCUACAGCCAGACAGAUGUCUUUAAAUUUGAUCAACGAGCACAAGAAGACCAGAGUCCCAGGAAAGCCGAGGGACUUCAUUGACUGCUAUCUGGAUGAGCUUGAUAAGAGAGGUAAUGAUGGUUCCAGCUUUUGUGAAGACCGACUUACAUUGUACAUUUUGGAUUUGCACUUUGCAGGGACUGAUACUACCUCCAAUACCCUCCUCACUGGAUUCCUCUACCUCAUGAAUCACCCCGAAGUUCAGGCGAGAUGUCAGCGAGAGAUUGAUGAAGUUUUGGAAGGUAAAGAUCAGGCGUCUUUUGAAGACAGACACAAUAUGCCGUACACCCAGGCUGUGAUUCAUGAAGUUCAGCGUGUGGCAAACACCGUACCACUGAGUGUGUUUCACUGCACCACCAAAGACACAGAGCUGAUGGGUUACAACAUCCCAAAGGGAACAGUAGUUAUUCCUAAUCUUGCAUCUGUACUAAAAGAAGAAGGUCAGUGGAAGUUUCCUCAUGAGUUUAAUCCAGCUAACUUCCUGAAUGAUGAGGGGCAGUUUAAAAAACCUGAAGCCUUUAUUCCCUUCUCGACAGGAACCCGUGUGUGUCUUGGUGAGGGUCUUGCUCGUAUGGAGCUCUUCUUGAUUAUCGCCACUCUGCUGCGUCGAUUCCAGUUUGUUUGGCCUGAAGAUGCCGGGGAACCAGAUUACACCCCUGUGUAUGGGGCCACGCUCACACCCAGGCCCUACAGAAUGCACAUCAGACUCAGAGAACCGGCCAAAUAAUUAUAAUAAUUAUUACUGUGUAUAUUUUACAAAGAUGGACUAGUGUGUUUUACCCAUGAAAACAUAUGUAUCAUAAGGCACAGAACUAUGACCAGUUGGGUUAUGGCUAGACUUACUUUGAUAUACAUCAUCAAAUGUCAAUCAUUCUGAAAUAAUAAAAACUAUCAAUAUAA